CUUAUUUAUCUAUGGAAACGUGAAUAUAUCAUAUUCUAGUAUUGUCUAGGGCCAAAAUUAAUUGAUGUUUGAUGUUUCAUGCAAAGUGUAAAUUAACAGACGCACAUAAUAUUAUUCUUUUAUUUGUGCCUAAUACCUAAACGUUAUAUUCAUUUGAAGAAUAUGGACUUAACUCAGGACAGUGAGGUGCCUAAGAGGAAUGUAAUCAAAACUUUGGCAGAUUUGCAACGAUUAAAACUUGAAAAAUUGAUGAAGAAUCCUGAAAAACCUGUAAUCAUACCAGAGCCUAUCAAAAGUAAAAAUAUCCCUUCAGUUCCUGACUUUGUACGCAAUGUUAUGGGUUCUAGUGCAGGUGCAGGAUCAGGAGAAUUUCAUGUAUAUCGUCACCUCAGGAGAAAAGAAUAUGCCAGACAAAAAUAUAUACAGGAAAAAGGACAAAAGGAAAAGUUAGAAGAAGAAUAUCAUAAUAAAAUAGAAAUGAAUAAAAAAGAAGCAGAAGAGAGAACAGCUAAAAAACGCGUGAAACGAUUGAAAAAAAAAGCAAAAAACAAGAUUAAGAAAGUGAAAAUUGACAGUAAAACCGAAAGUGAUAAAAAUGUACCGGACAGUGAUAAUUCAAAUGAUGAAAGUGAUACUUCAAAUGAAGAAACAAAAUAAGAAUAAACAUAAUAA